AUGCAAGGCUACUUCAAAUUAAGCCGCCACUACAAAUUCGCUCUUUCAAAUAUCUUCAAAAAGUUUCCUAACGCUCUUGGGACAAUCAUCGUCGAGGAUGAUCUUCUAGUUUCUCACGAUUUUAUCGAUUUCUUCCGAAAAUUCUCUCCGUUGCUAAAUGACCCCAAUGAAAACCUCUUCUGCCUUUCGACAUGGAAUGAUAAUGGAAAAGACGAUCAAAUUGAGCAAAAUCCAGCUCUUGUCUAUAGAACUGACUUUUUUGGAGGUCUCGGUUGGAUGCUCUCCAAAAAGAUUUGGGAUGAAGAGUUCUCUUCAACCUGGCCAACUGCAUUCUGGGACGACUGGGUUAGGAAUGUCGAGCAACGAAAAGGCCGUCAGUGCAUUCACCCAGAAGUACCACGAACUUCGACGUUUGGAAAAGUUGGUGUUUCAAACGGCCAGUUCUUUGACCAGUACUUGGGGAAAAUCCACGAGUUCCAUGGCGAUUUCAAUUGGAAUCAAUUCGAUUUAAAUUCCAUCAAACGAAGACAGUAUGAUGAGCAGUUCUUACGAAAAGUUGAAAAUGUCCCCGUUGCCUCAAUUUCAGAUUUUGAGAUGCUACAAGUUCCAGAAGUAAAAUUGAUUUACGAAACAAAGAAAGAAUUUGAAAAUAUUGCCAGAAAAAUCAGCGUUAUGCAGGACUUCAAGGCCGGUGUUCCUCGAAUGGGCUACUACGGAGUCGUCACUGCGCUUUAUAAGAACAAAAGAGUGUACAUUUCACCUCCGAAUCCUCGAACUUGGGAAUACCACACUGACUGGUAG